AUCUGCGACAAGAGAGAAGUGCUGUCGAGUGUUCUUUGGAUUUGUCUAUGCAGUGAUAAUUUGCUUCUCUUCUGCAAAGCCUCGCUCUUACUGAUUGGUUCCAAAUUCUGCCGUCCAAUGACUUGUCGCUGGUGUCGUACAGCUAAUCGAUCUAGCACGUUGCUAGUGUAUACAGUUAUAGCAGUCCUCACCACUUUCAACCUCUUGGGUUUGUUCGUCAUACAAAGACACCGCCAGACAGAAAGUGAAAUACCAACGAGGCUGGACAAACGGCGACCACUAGCCGAUAAAUUAACAAAGAAACCAGAGCCUACCCGCACUAUGCAACUCAGAGACGUCAUUAACUACACCACCCUGGUGAUGGACAAGAAGUACAAGAAGGUGGACAAGAGUGGUAACUACAUCCAACAAGACUUUGUGGUCAUGGGUGACGAGUGGCCGAUUACGGCCAGAACUAGUAAAAUAUGUUUGGCCACUCAAUGCUCCGUCGACAGGCUCUUCAUGCUGCUAGAGGUUGGUGAAGCGUGGAGUGCCCCCAUGUCGGUGGCACUCUUUGUGCCAGGUCCCGAUUUCCAGAUUGCCACGCUGUAUAUAUCCUAUCUGAGGUUAUGUUCGGACACACUACGCGUUAAUGCCAGUUUUCACCUGUUGUACCCUAAAGAGUCACCACCCAAAGAGGUACCCAAAAUGCUAGAAUUGGUUUUACUCUCCUGUUCGAGAUCCAGGGAGUUGCUGAUCAAGUUGCUGAAUUCUCGCGAUACUUCGUUCCAGUCCUGGCGCAACAAGGUCCUCUAUCCCCAAAAUCACCUGAGGAACCUGGCCAGAAACGGAUGCGAGACCAAUUACCACUACCUAACCGACGUGGACAUUGUUCCGGUUCCUGGUCUUUCAGAGGAUCUUGACGAAUUCCUGAGGAAUCUAAACAAGACAACGUGUGCCAAAUGUGCCUUCGUCGUACCCACUUACGAAAUGAGGGAAACGUCACGCAUGCCUACCAAUAAAAAUGAACUAUUGUCUAUGGUGAGGAGGAAGGAGUGUAGGCCCUUCCAUUAUAAAGUCUUUAUAUAUAAUCAAUUUGCCACAAAUCAUAGUUUAUGGGAAAGUUUGCCGGAAACAGCAACCUUAACAGCUGCCUAUAAAGUUAAUAAUUAUGAAUUUUUUUACGAGCCAUUCUACGUUGCAGAUAAUGAAGUGCCACCUAAUGAUGAGAGAUUCGUUGGAUACGGGUUUACAAGAAACACUCAGGUAUUCGAAAUGCACGUGGCGGGUUACGAAUUUUGGGUACUUAACCCCGUCUUUGCGGUACAUAGAGGAAUACAAAACAGGAGAUCGAGAGGCGCGUGGAGGGACAAACAGAACUUUGUUAACCGGAAGAAAUUCGUACAGUUUAAAGCAGAUUUGUUAAGGAAGUACGGACAGACAGCCAAGCCGAGACUCCAGAAAGGUCAACACGUUCAGUAAAUUAGCUGAUAAUUUAUUAUUAUGUAUAUAUAAUUAUGUACAGUCGAUUUGUACCUUCCUAUUUCUAUGUAACAGAGCAGGAGCAUAGACAACGCGAUUUUUAAAAUAUACAAAAAUAAAAAAAAAUAAUUAAACAAAAAAAAUAUAUAUAUAUAUAUAUUCAAAUUAUUAAGGAAAUUUUUUGCAAGAAAGUAGAAGAAAUAUUAGAGAAACCCUUUAAAAAUAUACAAUUAUUAGGGAAUUAUAGGGAAAAAAAUAGCUUAAAAUACCCCUAAAUGUUUGUACAACUCCUAACUGUACUAGAGUCCUAGGGAUCAUUUAAGGCAUUUUUUUAUACAGAAUGGGCGUAAAAUAACUAGGUAUUGAUAAAUUUCUAUAAUUUCUUUACUUAUAAGGAAAAUACUAUGAAAAUUAUUAGGUUUGUAUCUAUUUAGAUUGGAAUAGAAAUGCGUACCUUAAUAUUACUUUAGACAUGGCACUAUUCGCUAAAAAUACGUUUUUCUCAGAUGGUAAUGUAAAUGGAUGGCCACUUAUCUGUGAGUCAGCAAUUGAACCUGUGGUCAUUUUAAUUUUGAAUGGCAAUUUUUAAUGUGGCAUAAACUCUCUUUACAAUUCGCCACCAUCUUAACACAGCAACAACCACUGAUUUCCAUCCCUCAGCGUGCUGCAAUCGCGCUCGCUUCUCAACACACAAGCGGCUAUCUUUUUUCCAGUGAGCGUGAAGCAUCUCUCUGUUAGAGCUCACCCUAUAGUAUAGGAAUUAUAAAAUGCCAUUAAUUAUUGUACAUGACUUUAUAUAUUUUAUUACGAUUGCUUUAUUAUUAAAAGAAUUGUCGCGAUUUCUCAAUGCCUAGUUACUUUCCAACCGCCUGUAUAAUUCAACCCAGUUAGAGCAUUAAAAUUAUGUUAAAAAUUGUUAAAAUAAUUAAAAUUACUUUAGUAAAUAGUU